UCUCGCGGUCGAAACUUCAAAGCAAAACAAAGACAUAAUGUCGGGGAACAAAUACUGCUUCGCCAUUGAUCGCGGCGGCACCUUCACGGAUGUUCUUUGCAUCUGUCCCGGUGGCAAGGUGCGCACCAUGAAGCUGCUUUCCGAGGAUCCGGAGCGAUACAGCGAUGCCCCUCGCGAAGGCAUUCGUCGCAUCCUUAAGGAAGAAACUGGCGAGGAUCUGGCUCCAAGUGGCCUAGUGGACACCUCGAAAAUUGGAUGGGUUCGCAUGGGCACAACAGUGGCUACUAAUGCCCUGCUCGAGCGCAAGGGUGAUCCAGUGGUCUUGGUGGUAAACAGUGGCUUCAGGGAUCUCCUGUACAUUGGCAACCAGGCGAGGCCCAAGAUCUUCGAUCUCAACAUCCGCAAGCCUGCAAAUCUAUAUCAGUCUGUGGUGGAGGUGGACUGCCGCAUUGUUCCCCAGCAGCCGGAGCGCUGUGAGCUGAAACAAAACUGGAAGGUGCUGGAGGGAGUGGCCGGUACAAAGUACCUGGAGGUGCAUCCAGUGGAUGAGGUUGCUCUACGUGCCUCGCUCUCCUCGGCCCGGGAGCAAGGCGUCUCCUCGGUUGCUGUAGUGCUAGCCCACAGCUACGCCUGUCCGGAGCACGAGAUCCGUGUGGGAGCCCUCGCCCGGGAGCUGGGCUUCAGCCACGUCACACUCUCCCAUGAGGCCAUGCCCAUGUGCAGGGUGGUGGCCCGCGGAUACACAGCCUGCGCGGAGGCCUACUUAACGCCUCAUGUAGAUCGCUACCUGGCCAGCUUCAAAUCUGGCUUUGACAAGCAGCUGGAGGGUGUGGAUGUGCUCUUCAUGCAAUCGGAUGGCGGGCUGACCAACAUGGAGAACUUCCGCGGAGCCCGUGCCAUUCUCUCGGGACCUGCGGGAGGCGUUGUAGGCUACGCUCUGACCGGAGCCCGAGAAACGGAGCUGCCACUCAUUGGUUUCGACAUGGGAGGCACCUCCACGGACGUGUCUCGCUAUGCCGGCAGCUAUGAACAUGUCAUCGAGAGCACCACGGCUGGAGUGACCAUCCAGGCGCCGCAGUUGGACAUCAACACUGUGGCUGCUGGUGGCGGAUCCCGGCUAUUCUUCCGCUCGGGAAUAUUCGUGGUCGGUCCAGAAUCGGCCGGUUCGCAUCCCGGUCCUGCUUGCUACAAAAAGGGAGGACCUCUGACCGUCACGGAUGCCAAUCUCAUUCUGGGACGCAUUCUGCCUCAGUAUUUCCCCAAGAUCUUUGGACCCAAGGAGAACGAGCCGCUGGACCAUGAGAUUGCCAGGAGCAAGUUCGUGCAACUGCAGGCGGAGAUUAACAGCCAUCUGAAGGCCUCUGGCGAUGACCGAGUGCUGAGCAUCGAGCAAGUGGCUCUUGGCUUCAUUCGAGUGGCCAACGAGACAAUGUGCAGGCCCAUUAGGGCCUUGACGCAGUCUCGAGGAUUGGAUACAGCCAACCAUGUGCUGUCCUGCUUUGGAGGAGCUGGUGGCCAGCAUGCCUGUGCCAUUGCUCGUAAUCUGGGAAUCGGCAAGGUUGUGGUGCACAAGUACGCUGGAAUCCUAUCCGCUUAUGGCAUGGCUCUGGCUGACGUUGUCCAGGAGCUGCAGGAGCCAAGUGGUCUGGAGUUCAGCGAUGCGAAUGCCCAGCAGCUGAAGGAGCGCUUGGAUGCGUUGUCCCAACAAUGCCACAACAAGUUGGCUCAGCAGGGAUUCCGUAAAAUCGAACUGGAGCCCUUCCUCCACUUGCGCUAUGAGGGCACCGAUGGCGCUCUGAUGGUUGCCCCAUCUGCAGCAGGAAAGCAAUCCUCGGCCUCGUCUGCCCUUUUGUCAGCCUAUGGUGAUUUCCAUGCCACCUUCCUGGAACGUUAUCGCACCGAGUUUGGCUUUGUUCUGCAGAACAGACGUAUCAUUGUGGAUGACAUCCGGAUUCGAGGAUUGGGGAAGAACGAGACGCCACCAGAGUCGAAGGUUAAGGAUGCCUCGGAAGUAACUCCACCAGCCGAGGGCAAUACCCGAGUCCACUUUGACCAGGGCAGCUUCGAUGCUCCCAUAUACCUGACCAAGAACCUGCUGGCCGGUCACAAAGUCACCGGACCCGCUGUUCUGAUUGACCAGCUCUCUACGAUCGUCGUAGAACCGGAAUGCGGUGUCCAGGUCACUCCGUUUGGAGACCUUAUCAUGGACGUGAAGACUGGAGGAAAACAUGGCAUCAAUGCCGAGCUGGAUCCCGUGCAUCUGAGCAUCUUCAGUCACCGCUUCAUGAGCAUAGCCGAGCAGAUGGGCAGGGUGCUCCAACGUACUUCAAUUUCCACCAACAUCAAGGAACGCCUCGACUUCUCCUGUGCUCUAUUUGGUCCGGAUGGCGGACUGGUCAGCAAUGCUCCACACAUUCCUGUUCACCUGGGAGCCAUGCAGGAGACCGUCCAGUACCAACUAAGGGUCCGAGGAGAUACCCUGAAGAACGGCGAUGUAAUUCUGGCCAAUCACCCCUCAGCUGGAGGCUCUCAUCUGCCUGAUUUGACAGUCAUUACUCCGGUGUUUUAUGAGAGUCACCCUCGUCCCGUGUUCUUUGUGGCCUCCCGAGGUCAUCAUGCCGAUAUUGGAGGCAUCACACCGGGCUCCAUGCCGCCGCAUUCCACCUCGCUGGCCCAGGAGGGCGCCGCUUUCAAGAGCUUCCUGAUCGUGGAGAAUGGGGUAUUCCAGGAGCAGCAAAUAGUAGAGCGGCUGACCACACCGACAGCUGCCAAGGGAGCCGUGGGCACUAGGAACCUCAGCGAUAAUCUGUCGGACUUGAAGGCCCAGAUUGCUGCCAACCACAAGGGCAUCCAGCUGGUGGCCGAGCUAAUCGACAGCUAUGGCUUGGAUGUGGUCCAGGCCUACAUGUCCCAUAUCCAGAAGAACGCUGAACUGGCGGUUCGGGACAUGUUACGUCAGAUCGGCCGGGAUACGCUGGCCCGCACAGGAUCUACAGUACUAGAGGCGCGGGAAUUUAUGGACGACGGCUCUCCCAUCGCCCUCAAGGUGACCAUAGAUGCUGAGCUGGGCUCCGCACUGUGCGACUUCACCGGAUCUGGCGUGGAGGUUUGGGGCAACUGCAAUGCCCCGAGAGCGAUCACUCUGUCCGCGUUGAUCUACUGUCUACGCUGCAUGGUGGGUCACGAUGUGCCCCUCAACCAGGGCUGCCUGGCCCCCAUCCAGGUCAUCAUUCCAAAGAACUCUAUCCUGGACCCGUCCGAGGGAGCCGCCGUGGUCGGCGGCAAUGUCCAGACCUCGCAGCGCAUUGUGGACACCGUUCUCAAAGCAUUCGGUGUUUGUGCCGCCUCACAAGGAUGCAUGAACAACAUAACUAUUGGUGACGAAACCUGGGGAUAUUACGAGACAGUGGCUGGUGGUGCCGGCGCAGGACCCGGAUGGCAUGGAGCCGGCGGAGUGCACACGCACAUGACCAACACCCGCAUCACCGAUCCGGAGAUCCUGGAGCUACGCUACCCCAUGAUUCUGAAGAGGUUCUGCCUGCGCACCGAUGGCUCCGGUGGACGGGGACAAUUCAAUGGAGGCGAGGGCGUGGAGCGGGAUCUUCUCUUCCGGAAACCUGUUACCCUGUCUGUCCUAACGGAGCGUAGAACUCUCCAGCCCUAUGGACUGGCAGGUGGAGAAUCGGGGAAGAGUGGACGCAACCUGGUGGUGAAGCAUGAUGGAAGAGUGAUAGCCUUGGCCGGAAAAACCUGCAUCGAUGUGGAAGCGGGGGAUACGUUUGCCAUGAAAACCCCCGGUGGAGGAGGCUUUGGACCCAGCGGAGGCUCCUCAAAAACCGGUGAAGGUACAGACCAGGAGAACAGCAUACGCUUUGUGGAGCGCGGCACUGUUUUUAACUACCUUCAGGCUCAGGAGUCUGCCUAAAAUGUCGUAUUUUUUAUAUUUCUUAUAUGUUUGUGCCAUAUCAUGUGAAGGUCCAUAAAUGUUUUGUAUUAGUAAAAAAUAAAUAUACACAAGAAACAAUAA